AUGCCACCACUAGUAAAUCAAGAAACUUUAAGCAAAAAAUCUAGAAACAUAGCAGAACCCACCAAACGAAUGAGGAAACUCCGGAUCAUCUGUAAUGACCCGGAUGCUACUGAUUCAUCAGAUGAUGAAGAAAUCAACGAGAAGAAAGUUAAACGAAUUGUUCAGGAAAUUCACUUUCCAAGGAAGGACUCAUAUUGCUCAUCUAAAAUUCCUGAAACAGAGAGUUCUGUUCAGGAUAGCAACAAUGGUGAGAGAAACCGGAAGAAGGGGGUUUUAUCAAAAGUUGAGAGUAAGCCCUGGACACGUCCCAAUUUAGGAAAAUACAGAGGCGUUCGACAGCGAAAAUGGGGCAAAUGGGCUGCUGAAAUACGGGAUCCGUUUAAAGGCAGAAGAGUUUGGUUAGGUACUUUCAAUUCUGCUGAAGAGGCAUCCCGAGCUUAUGAAAUGAAACGUCUUGAAUUCGAGUCUCUGGCCAAUAGCAUGAACUUAAUUGGGAAAAGUUUAAAUGAUUCUUAUAACAAUACUGGAUUUUCAGUGGUGGCUUCUAAGACUGCUCAGAAACAGAAUAAAAACAAUGCUGGUUUGUGCCUCCCGGAGGAAUCUAUUGGAAGUGUGGUCUCACUCACUUCACGCACGUCUCCAUCUUCAGUGAUCGAGUUGGAUUCUAUGACCUCAUCUUCGGGAAUCAAUUGCAAAAGUAUCGACCAGACGGCUAAUGAAGUUUUCUUGGAGGCUAAAGUUGAGCAGAAAGUGGCUGAUUCGGGACUGGUGGAGGAGGAAAUCUUAUCCUUGGCACAAAUUGCAGAGGGAAUGGACAUGGAUUUGGAACUCGAUUCCAUCCCUACAAAUGAUGAAUUCAUGCUCCCAGUGGACGACUUUAUCAAUGGUUGUGACGACCUUCUACUUGGUGGAUUUGAGGACGGUGAUCAGCCUAUUGCAUUACCGAAUUUCGAUUUUGACUUCGACUUUGAGCUUUGCAACGAAGCUUUCGCGUUGAUGGAUGAAGCACCCCUGAUGAAUGGGGCAGCAGUAGCACCCCUCAAUAUAGCAUGCCCAUAA